AGAGCGCCGGGGCCCCCCAGGGUGUCCAGCAGGCGAUGCCGGGCACCGGCAGCCCCCGGUACCGGGGCUCGGCUGGGGGCCAGUGGGUCUCUGUUACAACCCCGGCGGGAGAGUGUGAGAGGGGGCGGCCCCAGGCUGUGUCCGGUGCCGGUUUCAGUGGCACUCCCGGUGCUGCUGCGGUGGCGCUGCCCACAGUCACGGUUCGCGGUGCCGGUGCCGUUCCCAGCGCCUGCUCCAUUCCCGGUGCCGAUAACGUUUCCGGUGCCGAUAACAUUUCGAGGUGGCCCGACACCUCGCUCCCUUUCCCGCUGCCCGUUCCCGUGCGCAGUGCCUGCUCCAUUCCCGGCGCCUGCUUGCUCGCGGAGCGCCGUUCCCGCGGCCUUGGCCGUGCCCGGUGCCGGUGCGUGCCGCCGGUGCCCGGUGCGGCCCCGCCCCGCGCCGCCCAGCCAUUGCGGGCAGGCCCCGCGCUGCGGCCCGCUCCGUCCGCCCCGGCGGCCCCGGGGACAUGGUGCCGGGAUGGCCCGGCCCGCCGAGACCUUCCCGCUGCACCGGCUCGUCUGGCACAACCGGCACCAGGCGCUGGACAGCGCCCUGCGCGCGGGGACGCACGACGUGGAGCUGACAGACCCGCGUGGCCGGACGCCCCUGGAGCUGGCCGUGUCCCUGGGCCACCUGGAGUCGGUGCGGGUGCUGCUGCGGCACAACGCCAAUGUGGGCCGGGAGAACGCCAAUGGAUGGACGGUGCUGCAGGAGGCGGUGAGCACGGGGGACCCCGAGAUGGUGCAGCUGGUGCUCCAGUACCGUGACUACCAGCGGGCGACGCGGCGCCUCGCUGGCAUCCCCGAGCUGCUCAGCAAACUGCGGCGGGCAUCCGACUUCUACGUGGAGAUGAAGUGGGAGUUCACGAGCUGGGUGCCCCUGGUGUCCAAGGUGUGUCCCAGCGACGUGUACCGCGUGUGGAAGCGUGGCGAGAGCCUGCGGGUGGACACCACCCUGCUGGGCUUCGAGCACAUGACGUGGCAGCGCGGCCGCCGCAGCUACAUCUUCAAGGGGGAAGACGAGGGGGCCGUGGUGAUGGAGGUGGACCACGACAAGCAGGUGGUGUACACGGAGACGCUGGCGCUGGCCCUGCACGAGCCCGAGCUGCUGCUGGCGGCCAUGCAGCCCACCGAGGAGCACGUGGCCGGCCGGCUCACCUCGCCCAUCGUGUCCACACACCUGGACACGCGGAACAUCGCCUUCGAGAGGAACAAGUCUGGGAUCUGGGGCUGGCGCUCGGAGAAGAUGGAGGUGGUCAGCGGCUACGAGGCCAAGGUGUACAGUGCCAGCAACGUGGAGCUGGUCACCAAGACCAGGACGGAGCAUCUCUCCGACCAGGACAAGUCACGCAGCAAAGGCUCCAAGACCCCCUUCCACUCCUUCCUGGGCAUCGCGCAGCAGCACGGCACCCACAACGGGGCACCCGUCCUGCAGGCUGCCAGCCCCACCAACCCCACGGCCAUCACCCCCGAGGAGUACUUUGACCCCCACUUUGACCUGGAGACCCGCAACAUCGGGCGCCCCAUCGAGAUGUCCAGCAAGGUGCAGAGGUUCAAGGCGACGCUGUGGCUGUGCGAGCAGCACCCGCUGUCGCUGGCGGAGCAGGUGACGCCCAUCAUCGACCUCAUGGCCAUCUCCAACGCCCACUUCGCCAAACUGCGCGACUUCAUCACCCUCAAGCUGCCCCCUGGCUUCCCCGUCAAGAUCGAGAUCCCCCUGUUCCACGUGCUCAACGCCCGCAUCACCUUCAGCAACCUGUGCGGCUGUGACCAGCCCCUGGGCUCCGUGCGGAUCUGCGCCCCCCAGGAGCCCCCCGGCGCCCACCCCCCUGGCACCCAGCCCUCUGGGCCCAGAGCGUGGCCGUUCCCAUGCGAGGUGGAGGCGGGCGUGUUCGAGGUGCCGGCGGGGUACACGGUGCUGGGCGCGGGGCGCAGCGAGCCCCUGCGGGACGAGGACGACGACCUGCUGCAGUUCGCCAUCCAGCAGAGCCUGCUGGACGCCGGCACUGAGACCGACCAGGUGACCAUCUGGGAGGCGCUGACCAACACCCGCCCCGGCGCCGAGCCGCCGCCCUACGAUGAGGACCUGCAGCUGGAAAGGGCGCUGCAGGAGAGCAUGCUGCUGCAGGCCGGGCCCAGCGCCGAGCCCCCGGCCCCCGGGAGCCCCCCCGGGGCGGGCGGCGGGAGCCCCCCGGGCCCCCCCGGGUACGGCAGCUUCGCGGAGCAGCUGCGCCUGGCCAUGGCGCUGUCGGAGCGGGAGCAGGAGGAGCGGGAGCGGCGGCGGCGGGAGGAGGACGAGGAGCUCCAGCGCAUCCUGCGCCUCUCCCUCACCGAGAAGUAGCGCCCCGGGGCGCUCCACGCCGGCACGGGGACAUCCCACGCAGGGACAGGGGUGUCCCAUGUGGGGUCACCCCACGCACGGACGCAGAUGUCCCGCGUGGGGACACCCCUUGCAGGGAUAGGGACACCCCAGGCAGGGGACACCCUGGUGUGGGUGCUGUCCCCCACCGGGAUGCCCCAGCGCGGGCACAGCCCUGCCUGGGGAGCAGCCGGUGCCGGGAUGGCCCCCCCGUGGUGGGGACCCCCCUGAUGUGGGUACAGCCCCCCACAGGGGAUUUGAUCCAGGGAUCCUCCUAGCCCCGGGACCCCCCAAUUCAGGGCUCUUCUCCCACCAGGCUCAAACCUCAGCCCAGGGACCCUCACCUGGGGACCGCCCCUCCAGGGAUAGCCCUGUGCCCAGGACCCCUCCCUAGGGAUCCCCCUCCUCUUUGGUGUUGUGACCCCAUGGGGGGCAGGACGGACCCGGGGGUCCCCGUGGGAUGCAGGUGACCCCCGUUUUAAGGCACUGCAGUGGGGGGGGGGGGGGGGGUGUUUCUGUAGGACACGAAACAGCACGACGCGGACACGCUGCUGCUCUCAAGGUAGAAAAGGGAAGUUUAUUUUCUGACUCCAACAUCUGUAGGUUUCCAGAGGUGGCAGUGGGUUGGAGGGUGACAGUGCCACCUCUCCAAUGAUGCUGGACAAACCAACAGUCCAUCAAAUUUCUCCUCCUCCAUAAAAGAACGGAAAAUAAUAAGUUGUUUACAGAAAGUGUGAGAGAAAGUUUGCUACAAGAACGUAAACAUCAGAAGGCUUAGAAAAUCUUAGAAAAAUCAGGGCGACAGGGGAGACUGCUGGGGGACCCCCAGGCCUCGUCCUUUGGGGCAGUGGGGGGGCAGGGGGGCCCCGAAUGUCUGUACAUA